GCCAUCCAGAAAGGCGAUUUCCGCGUGACUAAUGGUCACACGCUUUCUGUGUGUUCACCAUGUGCCGUGACACUCUUGUGACCUGUAUUGCCCCUAAAAACCGCAGCCCACCCACGUGAAGCACAUCCUUCGCAAUGUUAGCUAAAUGGAAUCAACGUUGCUUGUAAACUGAAAUUAGCUGAGCUCCCGCAAAAGGGCCUUUGCUGCCGUUGGAUGCUGCCUUAUAAAGGCCUGGCUCCCUGUUGAAUAGCUUUUCCCGGUUUCUGCUCCACUUGGCAGGGCUACUCACGGGGCUUAACCGCUCCAGGGCGGACCUGUUCUUUGGAGCAACUAGCAGCAGGGCCCAGGGGGUUAGGGUAUAGAUGCAGGAGGCCCAGCCUUGUCCCUUGGCAAGUGUCUUGUGUGUUCAGAACUUCCCUUGCCCAGACACUAGGACAGCUUCCAGGAAAUACUCAGGAGUCUUUGCUGAUCCUUAGCCAUGCUGUAGGAUAGGGUGGAACUGCCCCCGGGAGUUUCCGAGACGGUCACUGUGUAUGGGAGUUGAAAGGCCCCUCCUUCUGCGGGACAGCUGGUGGGUGCCAACCUUGUAAGCUGCAGUUAGCAGAGCAGUCGAUGCGUAACCUGCACGUCCUUAGAGCUCCUGCUCAGCUGAAAGAGCUGGCCAGGUGUCACGUUUUUGUGAUGGAAGUGUCGUCCGUCCUUGGUGUGAGCUGCAGAACUCUGUUUGUGCUGAGCUCUGUGAGUGUCGUGAACUCGUCCCCAUGUUGCAUGCGCUUUGUGGUGGAGGGAGCAUCUAAGGCAGCGGCCGUGCUGCCUGCAGCAAGCAGUCACCGAGGGCAGGUCCUUUCCUGAAGGAUAAUAAUAAACCAGGGCCGCCUCUCAAGGCAGCAAACUUCAGCUUUCAGCCAACCUUGUCCCUUCCAGUCCAUGUCACUUUUCUUUCUUUUUUACAUUCCAGUCCGCUCGGAAACCCUUCUGAGCAGCCUGCACCCUGAACAUGCCAAGGCCCAGACAGGGGGCGUGCUUGGCCCCGUGUGCCGUUAGCCUGUUUGGAGAGCGGCUCCGUUUGCUGAUGUGGCUUCCACUGAUGGAGAGCCAAAGGUCAGCAGUCUCUUCAACUUGUGGCAGGCUUGGCAGUGGCUAAGAGAUUGAGAAAUCAGGAGCACUUUUAAGUGAGCGUUCCUGGUCGCACCUGCCUGGGUCACCUUUUUUGUCAACCCUAUAUGGUGAAGUUGUCGAAAAGGAGACUGAUUCUAAUAUGAUGAGAAAUGUAGAGGGGAGAGGAGAGGUGAAUAAACGCUUUGUGCUCCUGGAGUUUGUGAGGCACUCUCUACGGAGAGCUUAGUUUGCUUAUAUUCAUUGAUACUGCAUUUUUAUAUAUUAAUUCUUUCGAAGUUAUGACAGUCACUUGAACCAGAUGUGAAUUGUGAUCUCUCCAGACCUGGUUGAGAAAUGCCCUAUUUCUUCAUCCUGUGCCAUUCUCAGGUAUGCCUGAUCCUGAUUCACCUGGAACUCCCUAAGAAUGUGGGUUUGAGCAGGAGCCAUGACGGCCCUGUUGGAUAAGCACUUGACUGCUAACCUCAAGGUCAGCAGUUCAAACCCAUAAACCCUUCCAUGGGAGAAGGAUGAAACUGAAAAUAGAGAUUUUCGGGCCUCAUCCCUCAACGUACUACUUCAGGGUUGAGGGUCCUGCUUCUGUACUUCGUUUUUCUUCAAAUUUUUAUUUUGAUAGAAAUGUUGAAAUAUGUAUCUUCACCUAAGAAGAGUCAUCAAUUGUUAAAUAUUUGCCACAUUUGUUUUUAUAAUGAUAGAUAGAUAGAUGAUAGAUGUGUAACCACUUUUCCCUAACACACUUAAAAUCUGUUCUAGUAAGCGUUCAUUCCAAUUCCUUAACAGUUGAGAAUCCUCAGACUUAAUAACUCGAACAGACAUUUGGUUAGAAAGAGCUUAAAGCCAGAAUAGAUGUAUUACUGUCAACUGGUUCUGUUUAUUGUGAAACAAUGUUACACGUAGAAAAAGGCAUAAUCAAUAACACAUGUAAUGUUUACAGAUUUAAAAUAACCAGUCACAUGUCCUUCUACUGAAGAGCCAGAACACUAGUGAGAUCUUAGAGCCUUUUUUAGAUCACUCCUAAACACUUGGCCCCUGGCCCCACCCCAAUAUUAACCAUUGCCCCCAAUUGUGUAUUAUUAAUUUCCUGGCUAGAUUUUCUGCCUUAUCUCCAUAUGUGUAUUGGGGGAAAAUGUGUAGUUCUUAUGCUCUCGAACAUUCAAAAAUGGAAACAUACUGUAGGUAUUUUCUUGACAUCACUUUUUGCUCAGUAUUCUAUUUCUGAGAGUCAUCCUUGUUGAUGCCUGUGGCUGUGGGUGCCCCCCCCCACCCCCGCUACUACACUGCUCUGCUGUACGAAGGUCCACAAUGCGUUUAUCCAGUCUACAACGGGGUAUUUUCAGUCAGAAAUGGCUGGACAGAAGUCGGCAGUGUACACCAUCAAUGGAACUGGGUAUGUUCUCAGUUUCAUUGAUUGUGAACAGUGGUGUCAAGAACAUUUUUAUACACCUCCUCUCUAUAACUGUAUACAACUUUCUCCAGGGUGCAUGCUUAGGAGUGUCCAGAAUUUAAAGUUCUAGAAAAGCGUAGUUAUUUUUUGUAAACACCACAGAUUCUUCUAAUGGAAGGUGUAGGACUAAAUCCUUAAAUGCUUUGGCAGGCCCUGAAUUGGGUCUGGCAUUUUGGUAUGCUUCGGCAUACUUUCAUGCUCACCCAGACACGAAGGACAGGGACCAGAUGGGCCCACACGCGCCCUCCCUCCUUACCCACGCUGACACCCACUGUACCUCCCACAGCACUGCGCUUCCCUGCUGGGUUCUGUGAUUCUUUGCAGUGGCCACACAGGACUCACAGACAAUAUCCACAAUGAUGGGGGUCGAUUCGGGAAGUUUAGAGGUUCCCACAGUCAGGAUCAGUAAAUAAUGAGGAUGUAGAGCCAUUGGUUCACAGCAACAUCUCUCUUCAACCAGCAAUCAAAUCUGCCUCUGGUGCUCAGCCUCUCAGCCUGGGUCCCUUGGCUUGUGGCUACCUGGACCAGGAAGCCCACCUGACACUGUGUCACAGUCCCCAAACCUCUGUGCUGCUCCUCUUGCUCUGCCCCAGAGUCCCAUACAAGGUCCAGCACUCUCCACACAUCCUGUCACGGUGUGCCCGCAUGACUUCACCUCCGUCUCCACCUCUUAGCUCGGCUCUCUGCUCCAAGCCCGUGUGGGUCAGCUUCCCGGUGGACGUUUCAUGCUCGUUCCUGUCUCACACUCUGCACUGGGCCCUGUCUUCCUGGAACUCUUCUCAGGCUUUAGCGCGGCGCCUUCUUUCGUCGUUCAAACAGCAGCAAGGCACCUCCUCGGAGGGGCUUUCCCUGCCCGCCUGCCCCCAGCAGUCCUUGCCCCCCUUUAAACCUUCUGCUUUGUUUUCUAUAUAACUCUGCAUGGAAAUGUAACUUGAUAAACGGGUUCACAUGUUUUAACGUCUUGCCUUUGAGAAUGUAACCUCCAGCUGGACGGAGGCCUUUGGUAUCUGGUCCGUUGCUGUGUUUUCAUAUCUGUAGCUAGUAACCCAGCCAAACCCACUGCCAUCAAGUGGAUUCCAACGGACACAAGAUGAGAGAUCUUGACGGGAGCAGCUUCAUUUCCUCCCUGAGAGUAGCCGGAUAAAUAAGAACGCCUCAGAAUGUCAGGUGUUGUGCCAACAGCUCCUGAACACCCAGCCGGUGACAUGGAGAAUCAACACAAAUCUCCAGAUCCAAGACCUGCCGCCCCUCCAGACUACAUGUCCCAUUAUGCUCCAGGGCCCCCUGGACCAGUUGUCUGUCCACCUGCAGGGAAUCCAGGAGGCUUGCCGAUGGCAUACUAUAGUCAGCCGCAGCCCAAUGCCUUCCCUUUGUAUCAGCCAACUGGUGGUACUCAGAUUACUCAGUAUCAGCCUGGCAAAUAUCCUAUGUCGCAUCAGACUACUCCAAUAUCAUGGAUGCCAGGGCCAACUCCUAUGACAAACUGCCCACCUGGACUGGAAUAUUUAGCUCAGUUGGACAGCCUACAGGUUCUUCAACAUUUGGAGCCUUUGGAAUUGAUGACACAUUUCGAAACUAAUAAUAGAUAUGACGUUAAAAACAACUUGGGCCAAAUGGUGUACAUUGUAAAUGAAGAUACGGAUGACUUCACCAGGAAUGCCUACCGGACACUGAGACCCUUCAUCCUCCGGGUCACUGAUUGCAUGGGCAGAGAAGUCAUGACGAUGCAGAGACCCUUCAAGUGCACAUGCUGUUGCUUCUGUUGUCGCACGGCCAGGCAAGAGAUGGAGGUGCAGUGUCCUCCGGGUGUAACCAUCGGCUAUGUCAAGGAACGCUGGAACUUGUGCAGGGCAGUGUACAGCAUACAGAACGAGAAGAAGGAGAAUGUGAUGGGAGUGCGUGGGCCGUGCUCAACCUAUGGCUGUGGUUCGGAUUCUGUUUUUGAGAUCAAAUCUCUCGAUGGUGUGUCUAACAUCGGAAAUAUUAUUAGAAAGUGGAAUGGCCUGAUAUCAGCAAUGGCAGACGCAGACCAAUUUGACAUUAACUUCCCCUUAGACCUGGAUGUAAAGAUGAAAGCUAUGAUCUUUGGCGCUUGCUUCCUCAUUGACUUCAUGUAUUUUGAGAGGUCUCCACAACGGAAUUCAAGAAGAUAAAGGACACAGCAAAAUCAAAAUUAUGAUUAAUUAAAAAAAAGUUGUUUUACUUGGAAGAGUUUACAGUUAACCCUCAGUUAUUUGCAAGUGAAUUUUUGUGCUUUGUGGGUUAUUUUAUACGAUGUUAGCUUUGACAAAUGGGUUAAGAGUACGAGAAUAAGAAGGUAAAUUCAAUGUUGAGCAUCCAUCUGUUUGGUAGGCAGGCAUACACCCUGAAAAUGCUGUUGCUCAUUAACUACAUGAACGAAGUCACAAUAGGCCUGAACACACAAAAAGCAGAAGAUAUGGGAAAGUGAGUCCUAAAGCUUUUACACUAAUAAAUAAUGGGAAAAGAAUGGCUCUCUUGAGCCUCUUUGUGGGGAAAAAAAUUAGUGUGGUACCCAUCUACAGCCACCUCCUACCCUCUCCUGUCCAUCAACAUGUCCUUUACUGAAGACAUUACUGUCACUGCAGACCAAUCUGACCCUGGAUGAAGAGAAUGAAGCCCAGAACUCACUGCCAUUGAGUUGAUUCUGAUCCAUAGCGACCCUCGGUAGGGUCCCCAAGGCUAUCAGUCUUGAUGGGAACAACAGACAGCUUCCUCUUCUCGUGGUUGGUGGAUGCAUUUGAAGCAGCAACCCCAUACUUUAAUAGCACUGUGAGGGCUCCUUUAAGGAUGACAGAAAUACUAUAUAUUUUUUACUGUACAAGGAAAAUUUUACUUGGACUCAGUAUAUGAAAAUUUCAUUUUGCAAAACUUAUAAAGUUUGGUUCCAUUACAAAAUAAAUCAUGUCUCUUUGGUAUAAGGUUUAUAUUGACAGUGUAUGUAUUCUCAUUCAUUAUCAAAGACAAUCAGGCUCUGUGUAUGUAUAAAAACAGGAUCAGACUGGCAGGAAACGAGUUGACAAAGUUUCAAUCCAGCUAGAUAGUGCCCUGAUCAGAGACUUGCAAUGAAUACAACACUUAACUCUCUUGGUCAGAGAUGCCUAAAGUAUGAAAUGCAAAAGUAUGUGAAAGAGAAGUUGGGCCUGCUCUCUAAAAUUGCCUAGGGCAUCUCAGUCUCUCAUUUGAUGUGACACAAAGAAGAAGAUACUUAUUUUUUUUAUUCAAGAAGAUCCUUGACAAUUUGUGUGCUGUUCUAGGGCAAUGGUUGGAGUUUUUGUUUUCAGAUUGUUUAAGGUGACCUGCUGUGUAGCACUUUAUAAAAGAGAAAACUACAGAUUCUGACAUGGCUUCAUGUUGCUCCAUUGCCUUUUUAUUUACACAAUAGAUAAAUCUAUCUAUUUCAGGAAGAAAAUAAAGCUAUCAUGUUCUUUCUUGGUGAUCCACUAUAUCUGAGUAAAGCUUAGUUAGGAUAGUAAAAUAUAAUAUAGUAACAAAUAAUCAUCAAUUGUACUCGAUUAUAUAAACUAAGACUGUAUAAUUGAAUAUACUCUAUUCAACUUAUCUUUAUUGCACUUCAGCUCUUUGUCUGCAUAUGGACUGCAUAUGUUCUUUGAAGACAACCAGUUCGUGGAACAGAAUAUAUUCUGCCUGAUAUUAAAAUUUUAAAAGCCUGGGUGUUUUUCUGGGCUGGAUGAGGCCUUUAGCUCAUAAUUCUUUUUGAAAUUAAAGUAAGAUGCUUUGUUUUUCAAUUGUAGUCAUCCAUUCAUAUUAAGAGUUGUUUUGCUCCGUUUCUUGUAAUGUUCAUUUUUAUAUGCUACUAAUUAAAACAAUUUUUUUGAGCUGUUGCUAUCUAAAAUAGUAAUUCUUCUGCCUUACAUUUGGAAAUGCAAUCACAAUCUUGAACAGACACAUAUUCUGUUUCCUGUAAAUAUGUAUGACAUUUUAUAUAUAAAAUGUGACAAACAGAAUUCAAAACAGUUACCUAUAUAAAUGUUUCAUUUCUACUAACCUACAUUCCCUACAUACAAAGACCUGCUGCUUAAUACUAAAUGUAGCUAUAGUUAGCAUCGGUCAUGACAUUCAAAUGUUUGCUUCAAGUUUUUGUGGGAUUAAUGUCUUUUACAGUGACAUUUUCUAUUUCUUUAAAAAAUGUAUAUUUUAUACUACAUAAUAUAAUUUCUAUAUUUCUUAAUGGUGUUCCAGUGUGCCAAAACGAUGAGGUUGAUUUUAAACAAGCAGCAACGAUCCUAUGAAAUUUGUGUAUUGCCAUGCUUCAUAUUGUUUUUUCACUUUUAAAUAAACAUAAUAUUCGGUA